UCACCAAGCAAACCAUGGACUGAAAGGGCCUCAACAGGAUGCCGGUGGCCGGGUGGCGUUCAUGACAGCUCUCAGUUUUGGGAGUUCUUGUGCAAUAAGACGAAUGGCUGGAAGGAAUUCGACGAACCGCGCUUCUCAACACGCGGUUUCCACCACCCAAACCCCGAUAGACCAGGAUCCGUGUCCAUGAAAGGCGCCUUUCUCGCCAAGGAGGAUGCCCGGCUGUUUGACCACGCUUUUUUCGGCAUGACGGGCCUCGAAGUAGAGACGAUGGAUCCGUCCCAGCGUAAGUUGCUCGAGGUGUCGUACGAAGCCAUAGAGAACGCCGGAGAGACAUGGGACAGCGUCUCCGGGUCUCGCACCGGAGUCUUUGUAGGCAAUUUUUGCUUGGACCACUGGAUGAUCCAGUCGCGCGACUGGGACAACCCGAGGCCGUACGCCUUUACCGGGGCCGGCACCAGCAUCCUCGCCAACCGCAUCAGCUACAUCUUCAACCUUCAGGGGCCAAGCCUGACUGUUGACACGGCCUGUUCGUCGUCCAUGUAUGCUCUCCACCUGGCGGUCAACUCGAUCCGGGCCGGGGAUUGCGAUGCCGCAAUCGUGGCAUCCGCCAACUGGAUUGCGGAUCCCGGAGUCCAGAUCGCCCUCGACAAACUCGGCGCCCUUUCUGCGUCGUCGCGGUGCCACACCUUUGAUGCCAGAGCCGAGGGCUACGCCCGGGGAGAAGGGUACGGGGCCAUCUACCUGAAGAGGCCAUCGCUGGCCGUCGCCGACAACUCGCCCAUCCGCGCAAUGAUCCGGGGGACCGCCAUCAACUCCAACGGCCGAACCGGCGGUAUCACGCGGCCGAGCGCUCGGGGCCAGGAGAUGGUCAUCCGGGAGGCCUACCGCAGCGCCGGCCAUCUCCCCUUCCGCGACACCAGCUAUUUCGAAUGCCACGGAACGGGCACCUACGUCGGUGAUCCCAUCGAAGUGGCUGCCUUGGGGAGGGUGUUCGCCCCGGAGAGGUCGGCCGACGACCCCUUGCUCGUCGGCUCUGUCAAGAGCAACGUCGGACACGGAGAAGGCGCCAGCGCUCUGGCGUCCAUCAUGAAAGUGGUACUCUCUCUCGAGAAUGGGGCCAUUGCUCCCUUGUUCGACCUCCAGACUCGAAACCCCAACAUUGACUUUGAGGGUGCCAACGUCCUGCCAGUAACAGAGGUCACCCCGUGGCCCAAGGAUCGGCCCCAAAGAGCAAGCAUCAAUUCGUUUGGUUACGGUGGCGCCAACGCUCACUGCAUCAUCGACCAUGUCAACAUCGUACUGCCCGAUUAUGUAGCCCCUGGAGUUUACCAGCGCAAGACCAACGGCUACAUCAACGGCCACCCCGACGGAGCCCAACAAGGAGAGCCAAGGGAACCUCUUUCAGUCGUCCACAAGCCAUUGUCGGCUGCCUCGCUCAACGCAGCUACACGCCAGCUCGUACUCUUGCCGCUUUCGGCCCACACGGAACGUUCUUUCGAGUCGAACCUCGCCGCCUUGUCGCGGGUCAUCGACAAGGUUCCUUUGGCAAACAUCGCCUACACCCUCAGUUCCAGGCGCUCGCGGUUCGCCCAACGGUCGUUCUGCAUCGUGGACAGGAACAAGGUCGCUCAGGGGCUCGCAACGCCUCACAAGAUUACGCGGGCACCUUUGCAAACCGCCAACCUGGGCUUCAUCUUCACCGGCCAGGGAGCGCAGUGGCAUGGCAUGGGCCGUGAGCUGUUCGAGUACCGCGUCUUCCGAACAGCCAUCGAGAGCCUCGACCACGUCCUCGGCUCACUCGCGAAUCCUCCUUCGUGGUCCCUGCUCGGCAUCCUCUCCGGGGACUGCCAAGACGCUGCGCUGAUUCAAACCGCCGAGAUAUCCCAGACUGUGUGCACCGCUGUGCAGAUCGGUCUCGUCGACCUCCUUGCCUCGUGGUCCAUCAGACCUUCUGGUGUCACCGGGCAUUCGUCUGGUGAGAUAGCAGCGGCAUACGCUGCUGGCCGCAUCACGGCGGCCGAGGCCAUCGUGGCCGCAUACCUCCGUGGCCAGGCGGUCGCAAGGAACAGCCAAAAGGGCGCAAUGCUGGCUGUGGGCCUCGGGCUCGAGCAGGUGGCACGGUACCUCGACGGCAGAGAAGAUGAAGUCAAGGUGGCAGCCAUCAACUCCCCAGGCAGCGUCACUCUAUCCGGCGAACCGGCCGUGAUCAAAGACAUCUCUGCAGCCAUGACGGCGGACGGCGUCUUCAAUCGUCAAUUACAGACCGGCGGCAACGCCUAUCACUCGCACCACAUGCUACCAAUCGGACGGGAGUACUCGGAGAUGCUCGCCAAGGGGCUUGAAAGCGCUCGAGACCUUGGGCCGGAGUCCGCAAGGAGGCGGUACGACCCUACCUUGUGGAUAUCGUCAGUGACACCUGCCAAGAGCACCGCCGAGUUUGGCGAUGCGGCAUCGUACUGGAGAGCCAACCUGGAGUCCCCAGUCCUCUUCUCGGAGGCUGUUACGAGGCUCGUGAGCAGAGAAGACGUCCCCAUCAACGUGCUCGUGGAGAUUGGUCCUCACCCGGCGCUGAAGAGCCCCUUGGAGCAGAACGUGAAGGGUGCCGGGAAGACCGUCGCGUAUACGUCGACGCUGAAGCGACAGGAAGACGGCCGCCGCUCGUUACUGCAGUGUGCCGGGACCUUGUUCGGUCUGAACGCAAGCGUCGACCUCGCUGCCGUCAACGCCGUCGACAGCACAGACGGGACAGGGUUGGAACACGGCCAUGUCAGCUCUGACCUUCCGCCAUACCAGUACACCUAUGGGGGUUUGAACUAUCACGAGAGCCGGGCUAGCAAGGAGUACCGCUCUCGGUCCAUCCUCAGGCACGAUCUCCUCGGUUCCAAGGUUGCCGGUAACGCCAAGCUGCGGCCUCAAUGGCGGAACAUAAUCCGCCUGAAAGACGUCCCGUGGCUGGGCGAUCAUCGCCUCGUGCCAGAUGCCGUGCUGCCGGCGGCGGCAUAUGUGGCCAUGGCAGUGGAAGCUGCUUUACGCGCUCAUGCCGAGUCUCAAACGUCGGACGUCAAGGGCUUCUCACUUCGCAACAUGGAUAUCAAGAAGAGCCUGGUCAUCCCGGAAGACGACUAUGGCGUCGAGGUUUUGACGAGCAUGGAGCUUGUUGACCAGGCCACGUCCCAGUCACCGGCAUGGGCGACCUUUUCCAUCAGCUCCGUGAAGCGCGAUACGGACGAAUGGACGGAGCAUAGCACCGGCCGCAUUAAAAUCCACGUUGGAGCUGAUGAGCACGCCCUAGACAAGCAUCAGGUCCAUCAUGCCUCGCGGGCCGUGGACGCUCAACUCUGGUACAAGAAGUUCCUCGACAUCGGUCUCGGCUACGGCCCGGUCUUUCAACCGCUGUCCGACAUCCGCGUCGACCCAGUCACUGGUGCCACCGUGGCAACCGUCGACCUCAAGCCUUCUACUUUGGCGGGAGGCGAAUCACGAUACCCGGUCCACCCCGCCUCCCUCGACGGUGCCAUACAGCUGGGGCUGAUUGCCUGCCACAAAGGCCGGGCCGAUGAGGCCAGCACGGCCUUCCUGCCCGUCCAGAUCCCCCGGCUCUACAUCUCGAACAAGAUUGCGCAAGACGUGUGCACCGUCACCGCUCGCGGGACGAGGCGGGGCAUCCGCAGCGCCCACCUCGACUUGCAGAUGCUGGGCCCCGACGGCGAGGUCCUUCUCAGCACGGAGAACCUCCGUUGCGUCAGCUACUCCAGCGAGGCGAGGACUGCGGACGACGACAUGACCUUCAGCAGCCCGUUCACGCGGCUCGUCUGGAAGCCCGACAUCCGCAUGCUUACGAACCGACAGGCCCGCCAGUUAUAUCCGCCGCCCAAGCAAAACGUGGAAAGGGCGCCUUUGUGGGGCAUCACGAACAAGGUGGUUCACUUGAUCAUCUUCAGCAUAUACGAAAGCUUCGGAAGACUGGCAGACGGGCCCAAGCCUUCCGGCGAGGUCGGCCACUUCUUUGACUGGAUCAAGAGAAAGGCCCAAAACGACGGCUCUGACGCGAUGAGGGAGGCCAGAAAGUUGGCCGCCGACGGCAACCUCUUAGACAAGAUUGAAGAGCUGGUCGGCCAGGCCGGCGACGUCGUGGAGGUCAAGACGGCGAAGCUCCUCCACGACCACGCGGGCGACAUCCUGUUCGAGCGCAGGACCGGCAUGGACGUUAUCAUAGGCGCGGGCCUCCUCACGCCCCUUUACCAGAACGGCCUGCUGAUGACGGGCAUCUACCCCCAGCUGUCGCACGUCCUGGAGGGCCUCGCCCACGCGAACCCGAACUCGCGCGUCUUGGAGAUCGGGGGCGGCACCGGCGGCGCGACGCGCAUCGCCAUGAAGGCCUUCACCGGCCCCAACGGCGUCAAGGCCUACAGAGACUACACGUUCACCGACAUCUCUGCCGGGUUCCUCUCGGCGGCGCGGGAGUCCAUGGCCGAGUUUCACGACAUGCGCUUCUCGGUGCUGGACGUCGAGACGGACCCCCUGGAGCAAGGGUACGACGAGCAGGCCUACGACCUCAUCAUCGCGUGCCAGGUCCUCCAUGCCACAUCCAGCAUGCACAGGACCCUGUCGCACUGCCGCAGCCUUCUCAAGCCGGGCGGCAAGCUCGUACUGGUGGAGACGAACCAGAACUUCAUCGUGCCCGGCAUCGUCGUGGGCACUUUCACGGGCUAUUGGGCCGGGAUCCCCGACGGCCGCGUCGAUGCUCCGUUCCAAAGCCUGCCCGCCUGGGAGUCUUCGUUGCGAGACGCGGGCUUCUCGGGGCUCGACCUGGUGCUGGACGACUUCCCGGAGCCGCACAACACCACUUCGGUCAUGGUAUCUACAGUCCUGGCAGAACCUCCGACGAGGGCACCUCCUCCGUCUGCUGCUGCGGUUCACCUGCUUCACAGCGGCAACGGCAAUGGGGGUGGGCCGGCUCCGUCGUUGGUGCGGCACAUCGCCCAAGAGCUGGAGCGUCGAGCAUUCGAGGUGAGGACCGGUCCGCUCGACGCCGCACCCAGCUCCAUCACGCCGGGAUCUCGCGUGGUGGCUCUGUGCGACGACAAGCACCUCUUGGUCGACGCCAGCGAGCAGGACUUGCGCGUUUUCCAGCACCUUUCGCUGAACGCCUCGAGCAUGCUCGUCCUCACGAGCUGCGGCGCCGCCAGGGGCCGCAACGCCGACGGCGCCCUGCUCUCCGGCCUGCUGCGCGUCCUCCAGAACGAGAACCCUGCGAGCCGGUACUUGUCGGUCGACGUGGACGCGGACAACUUUGACAUGGAAGCAGCCGAAGCGGAAGAACUCGCCCGCCAGAUCGCCCAUCUCGAGGUCGGUCUCGACCACGAGCCCCCCACGGCGGGCGACGGAGAGACGGGCCCGGAUCGCGAGUUCACCUGGCAAGACGGCUGCUUGUGGGUGAGCCGCCACGUGCCCGACGGGGGAUUUCACUCGCGAUACGGCCUCGACGGCCGCAAGCUGAAGCCGGAGCUGCUCCCGCUCGCCACUUACGACGGAGGCGUCCGCAUCGCGUUCGAGACGCCCGGGGUGCCCAACUCGCUGUACUUCACGCCCUACAAGGAGCUCCGCCGGCCGCUCCCUCCGGGGUACAUUGACGUGGCCGUCGAGGCCGUCGGCGUGAACGGCCGGGACGUGGGCGUGUGGACGGGCCGCCUGGACGGAGACCACUUCUCUUCCGAGUACGCGGGCGUCGUCGCCUCUGUGGGCGCAGGAUCAUCGUCGCACGGUUUCCGGGUCGGCGACCGCGUCUACGGCCUCGGCAAGGGGCAGUUUGGCAACUACACGCGCGUCCCCGCCGCUUUCGCCUGCAAGCUCGCCCCAGGCGUCGACGCGACGGAGGCGGCUUCGAUGCCCCUGGCGUACGCGACGGCGGUGUACGCCCUGGACCACGUCGCCCAUCUGCGAAAGGGGCAAUCGGUGCUCGUCCAGGCGGGCGCCGGGGACGUGGCGACGGCGUCCAUCAUCCUGGCGAGGGCCAAGGGGGCCGACGUGUGCGUUACCGCCGAGACGCCCGAACAGGUCAGCCAUCUCGUCGACAACCUGGUCGUUCCGGCCUCGCACGUCAUCGAGGGGCACAGCUUCGACCGUCUCCGGAAGGCCGCGCAAAACACACGCAGAGGCGGGUUUGACGCCGUCAUCUGCGCUUCUGGCUCCGGCGGCGGCGGCGGCGGCGGCCUCCCGCCCGCACUGUUGGAGGUCCUGACGCCCCUUGGACGACUCAUAGACGUCGGAGGCCGGGGGGCCGACUCGCAGACAGGACCCCCGGUGAGUCUGGAGUUGCUUCCGCCCAUGGCAACCUACUCCUCGAUCGACGCGUUCGCCAUUCUCGACGCGGACCCGGCUCUCGGCGCAGAGCUCAUGGAGAGCGUGGGCGACUACCACCGCAAAGGACUCAUCAGGCCUCUCCCGGGGCUUACCACGGUCGACGUCGGUCGCUUGUCUUCGGCUCUGCGCGACGUGACCAGCAACAACAACAACACACCAGAAAAGCUCGUCGCCAGCUUCCAAAACCCCGAGAGCCUCGUCAGGAUGGUCACGCCGGCGCCGGCCGCCAGGUUCGACCCGGAGGCCUGCUACGUCGUCACCGGAGCCCUGGGCGGCGUGGGGCAGUCCUUGGUCCGGUGGAUGGCCGACCAGGGCGCGAGGUACCUGGCGCUCCUCUCUCGCCGCGCAGCCUCGGACGUCCCCGGAGCCAAGGAGCUCGUCUCGUCGCUCGCCGACCGCCACGUCCAAGUGGAGUGCUUUGCCUGCGACGUCAGCAGGAAGGAAGAGCUGGCCGACGCCAUGCAGCGCAUCUCGUCGCGCCGGCCCGUCAGGGGCGUCGUGCACGCCGCCGUCUCGUACCUGGAUCUCAGCUUCGACAAGAUCCAGGCCCCGAGGUGGAACGAAGGCCUGUCGGCCAAGGUCCAGGGCACCAAGAACCUUCACGAGGCCACGCUGUGCAUGCCCCUCGACUUCUUCGUCAUGACCACCUCGGCCCUCUCCCUCUACGCGUUCGCGACCCAGGGCGCGUACACGGCCGCCAACAGCUUCCAGGACGCCUUCGCGCGCUACCGUCGACGGCUGGGCCUCCCCGCGUCGACCGUGUCCUUCAGCCUCAUCAGAGAGGCCACGGCCGUGGGCACCGACACGGCGACGAUCGACCUGUUCGAGCGCAACAGGGCGACGACGCUGGGCGAGUCCCAGUUCCUGAAGCUCCUCGAGCCGGCGUUCCUGGACAACCGGACCUCGCACGACGCGGCGGACCCGACGCAGUGGCCCGGCCGGCAGCGAGACCCUCUCUCGAGCGCCAACCUGCACACUUACCUGAACCCCCGAGCCAUGGCCAAGAGGAGGCGCGAGGAGCCCUCGUCGACCGGCGCGGCCCCGCGCUGGUACAGCGACGCGCGCGCCUCGCUGAUGAUGCGCGCCUCGCGGGACGUCCAGCAGCUCUCCGGCCAUCUCGACGGCUCCCCCGGCGACGCGUCGCUCAGCACCACGGCGCUCCUGCGGGCCGAGUUCGCGGCGGCCGUCGCGGAGGGGGCGGCCGCGCGGUCCUCCGCCGUGGCUCUCGUGCAGGGCGCCAUCGUCAAGGCGGUCGCCGAGAUGCUGUUCGUCGACGUCGAGAGCAUCGACCCGGCCAAGUCGAUUGCGGACCUGGGCGUCGACAGUCUGAUCGCGGCCGAGCUGCGCAACUGGUUCCUGCAGGCGCUCGGGGCCAACAUCAGCAUGCUGGACCUGCUCGACCCGGCCGUGGGCAUCAGUAAGCGGGCUGCCGACAUUACCGAUGGCGCGUUAGCACAGUCUUCAAAGGCGUGAAGCGUAGUUUAGGGGUGUUUUUUUUGCAUUGGGGGGGGUUGUUCUGUUUGUCUCUAUUUGCACGGGAUCUUUGGGCACUUGAGAGAGUCCUGCUGGUCAUGUCGGUUUUCAACGUUUCAUUCCCAAGCAGUUGAAGUUGAGAAGUUUGAUUACACGCCAUUAGCGGUUUAUAGA